AUGCAGCUCAAGAAUCUCCUUCCCGCUGGAUUCCUUCUUCCGAGCUUCUUCGAUAAAGCGGAGAAAGCCAAGGAGCACCCAGAAGGCCACAUUACUACCACCAACACCAAACAGGUGGAACUCGGCGACGUGAUGUUCUUCCGACAAGACUUGGAUGACCUCAAGCGUCUACUCGCCACCAUCGGCUCAGAUGCCAUCACCAUCAAGAAGCUCCCUAAGACGGACGUUAUCAUCGUCAAGCGGACUGCGAAUAGUGAUAACAAUGAUGUUGAUGCUGCGGCAACAGCUACCAUCUCAUCCACCUCACCUACUACCACUACUACCUCUACUUCAUCCGCCUCGUCGGCCUCCGUUCCUGACGCCUCUGACGUCUCAGAAGAGAUGAAGAUGUCAGCCGAAGUAGAGUCACCUAUAUCAUCUACCCUACCGACCUCGCUCGGCCCAAACAUCCCGUCAACCCCCCUUCCUGAUACAACAGUCUCUUCAGAAGAUAAGAAGACGUUAUCCGAUGAGGAAGAAGCCGUCAAGCCGGAUCUCGGCAAGAACAACAUCACUGACGAACACGACAUCGCCCCCGAAACCCAGCCCGUUCAGCUUUCGACCAGAGACACCAAGUCCAGGGCCCCCGGCGUAUUCCCCUGGAGAAGCAAACUCUGCCGCUGCGUUUCUAUCGGCGCCAUCUUUGGAAAUAAGGACGACCGUCUCCCCGAGUUCGAUGAACCGUUGCCAGCGUACUCAGAGGGCAUUUCCAUCUUCAAUUGGGGUAACAGCGUCUGCAAAUGCGUUCCUAUGGACGACGCCUUUGGCGAUCACACUAUUGCGCUGGACGUGGCUAUUGAGAGCAUAGAGUAG